CAACAUUGCGCAUGCUCAGACAGCCUUCUUCGGCUAGCGACUGGAAAUCUGUCAGAUCAGCGGAGCGCACAUUCCCUUAAUACCUUCAAAUAUUCCCCAGUAGUUUCUUCCCCUAGUCAACGCUAGAGACUGAACUCUAGCUUGAGGUGUCUUCCGAUUUUAGAUACUUAACUUUUCAACGUCUGGAGCCGAAGGAAACAGCAAAGAAUGACGAGCAGUAUAAAGCGGAAAGAAGAAAGUCAUCUGCUGAAUGGGGGUGUAAAACAGUCCACAUGGAGCAAAGCCUUCAACAGUAACGCUGUUUGGGAAGAGAAGGACGAGUUUUUAGAUGUGAUUUACUGGCUACGGCAAAUAAUUGCAAUAAUCCUUGGUGUGAUAUGGGGUGUUGCACCGUUGAAAGGAUUCCUGGGAAUAGCUAUAUUCUGCAUCAUCAACGCCGGUGUCCUGUAUGUAUACUUCAGCAGCUUUCAGCAGAUUGAUGAGGAAGAGUAUGGUGGCACAUGGGAACUCACCAAAGAAGGCUUCAUGACAUCUUUUGCUCUGUUUCUGGUGGUGUGGAUAAUCUUUUACACAGCCCUACAUUAUGACUGAGAGGAACCCAUAGGACACUAAAUACAAACAUUUCUGUUGAAGUAAAUUGUCAAGACAAAGGAACUCCAUGGCUUGAAGGAUGUCAACGCACCUACAUACAGUAUGACUUUUCAGUCCGCAGGGCAUCAUGGGAAUCCUAGUUUGAUUAACAAGAUCCUGCGAGACCACCAUGAUGAACAUGUUCACAUACUGUACAUCUCUCUAAUUUGGGGGGGGGGGUCAUUUUUAAGGCACCCCUCCAUUACACUCCCCAUUUGUUAUAUUUCCUUAGUCACUUAAUUCAUCUGACAAAACACUUAAUGAAUCUGGAAAGCAAGUAGUUAAGCUGAGAUUGGUUACAGUUUUAUUUAUCAUGGAACAGUACCUAGAUGUAAAUCAGAGUAAGGAUUCUUCAUUGGUUUACUACAGGCCUUUCUUCUGCUUUAGAAGAGUGAUGUGACAACAGCCAGUAUGAAUUCAUCCCACUUUACUGCUCAUGAGCUGGACAUUUAAGUGACAGGAAAUGGGCAAUAAAAGCAGUCUAAUUAUAUAGUCAUUAGGGUCCAAUAAAAUCAUUAGUGUGAAGUGUUACUUUUUUAAUUGAGAGACAAAACACACCAUAUUAGAUUAUAAAAUGAACACUAAAGGAUUAAUUGAGAGGCCUCGCUGUUAAAUCACCUGUCUGAAAGUUCACUCCAAAAUUAUGUUUGCUUUUUUGAGAAAACAAUCUGGGCCUGACAAAAUAAUUACUUGAAAGGUGCCAUGGCAGUAAUGCACAUGAUAGGUAGCUACGCUAUGUGUCAGUAUGGUUUUAAGGCUGGAGGACGAUCUGUUUUCAGGAAAUAUUGAUAGGCGAAUCAGAGCUGCAUGUUUUUUUUUUUUUUUGUUUUUUUUUUGUGUUUUUUGUCCCUGGAUAUAAACACCUUUCUUAAUGAAAUCUGUCAGUUAUUUCUUCUAAAGGGUCUGGUGUCCAACAAAUGUGACAAACUGUAGCUAACCACAGCUGUACUGAUUUUUAAAUGUCAAAAACAAAUGCCGGUGGUAAGAUGCACGUAUCAGCUGAUCUUCAAUCCCGAUGCUAGUAUCUGCCAGUAGUAUCAAUGCGCUGUCACUUCAGUCCGGAGCUAAUAACCAUCUAAGUCAUCUGUCCAGUCAAACAAUUUCCUCAAAGCAAAGAGGGAGGAGACGAUGCAUGCCAUUUUCAGAUGCAAAUGUUCAGAUUGAAGCUAAAAAGUGGUCUGUGCACUGCCAUGACUUACUGUUCGUAUAUCUAGAAGCCAUUUAUUAAUGGAAUUAGAAGUGUAGAUAUAAUUUAAAUUAAUUUUUUUUCUAGCACGUAGCUUCCAGAUCAAAGUCUUACCUGUUGUUUUGAAAUUAAUUUAAAAGUGUCUGUAAAAUUCUGUACAAUGUCCCUUUUUGUCAAAUCCACCUUGUAUUACACUGAUUUAUUUGUACUUUAUGUUAUAUCUUGUUUGAUGUAACAUUUCUCAGUAUUUUAUAGUGACAAACUUUUAACAACAGUUCUUGUAAUGACACUGUUUUAUUAGAUACGCAGCUGGUGUUUGAAAGGAUUGUAUUUUCUGAUCAAAUCUUUUGGGAAUCAUUAAACAUGGGCUUUAUUUGGCCUCCAUUUUCAAA